AUGAGAGAGCUCGCCGACUUCCUCGUCGAACACGACCAAAACUUCCGCAACAUGGGAAGGCCGAAUCGCCUCGCAGCUCUCAGCGCCGAAUGUCCUGGUCGUCAACGUCGACGACAAGAGCAGGAUCAGAUGAAGCAGGAGAGGCAGAAGGGGCAGGAGAGGCAGAAGGGGCAGGAGCGGCAGGAGCGGCAGAAGCGGCAACUGCAGGAGCAGUAG